AGAGAGAUACAAGAAGUCCGCAGACAUCAUUCCCUGACACACCUGCUCAGUUGGGACACAAAGACUCUCCAAGCGCAUGUCAGAAGUCAAGCCAACAUGGAUCCCGACCGAAUGUCAACCAGCAGGUCUCGGUGAGAAAAUUGUGGUAAAAAGUUGCUUCUUACCAGAGAUCAGCUGAGCUUGUGCCGCCCAUAAAGCUGCCAUCGACUUCCCUGAGACACUGCGGGUCAACACCCGGCCGUGGACACACCCCUCCGACUAUUAGUCUUCUUGUGUCCUGCAGACGACUGUGAAGAAGAUCUCCCUGAGCAGCAACAGUGGACCUCAAGGAUGGAACAGGAUGAGCUCCAGCGCCUUUAUAUUAAAGAGGAAGAGGAGGAGCCCCUGCAAAUAAAAGAGGAAAAGGAGGAGUCUCAGUAUGCCCAUUUUAAAGGGGGAGAAGAGGAGCCGCCAAAACAACCCCAGAUUAAAGAGGAACAGCCACAUACCUCUUACAUUAAGGAGGAAAAGGAAUCACAGCCCCCCCUCACAUUACAGACAAAGAGGAGUCAUAACUCCGCUCACAUUAAAGAGGAAGACGAGGAACACAGCAUCGGUCAGGAGGGAAGUGAAGAUGAGGAGGUCAAAGGUGAAAGUGAGGAGGAGCCUCCAAGUCAACACAUGACAAGAGAAGCUGGAGGACCACCAGCAGACAACUUCUUAGCUCCACCAUCACUUUCACACUCUGAUGAUGGAGACCACUGUGGAGGACCACCAGCAGACAACUUCUUAGCUCCACCAUCAAGCUCACGCUCUGAUGAUGGAGACCACUGUGGAGGACCACCAGCAGACAAGUUGUUAGCUCCACCAUCCAGCUCACACUCUGAUGAUGGAGACCACUGUGGAGGACCACCAGCAGACAAGUUGUUAGCUCCACUAUCAGACAGUGAGGACACAAGGUCCCACUCUGAUGAUGACGACUGUAAAGAUGACCAGACACACUUUAAAUGUCGUCAGUGUGACAAAAGGUUCAAAUACCGCCGUAGUCUGAAAAGACACAUGAAAAUACACACUGGAGAGAAAAGAUUUUCCUGUUCAAUCUGUGGCAAAGAUUUUAGUCAAAGGAAACAUUUGAAAACACACAAGAGCAUACACGCUGGAGAGAAACCUUUUUUGUGUUCAGAAUGUGGUAAAGGUUUUGCACGAAAAACUAGGUUGAAAGAACACAUGAGAACACACACUGGAGAAAAACCUUUUUCCUGCUCUGUAUGUGGUAGAGACUUUGGACGGAAAAACUUGCUGAAAGAACACAUGAGGACGCACACUGGAGAAAAACCAUUUUCUUGUUCAAUCUGUGGCAAAGAUUUUGUACAAAGACAGUGUUUUAAAGUACACAUGAGAAUACACACUGGGGAAAAACCUUUCACCUGUUCGAUCUGCGGUAAAUAUCUUGUUCAAAGACAACAUUUGAAAAUACACAUGAGAACACACACUGGAGAAAAACCCUUUCCCUGCUCAGUAUGUGGCAAAGGUUUUGCUCAGAAAAGCGUUUUAAAAGAGCACAUGAGAAUACACACUGGAGAAAAACCUUUUUCUUGUACCAACUGUGGUAAAAGUUUUACACGAACAUACGAUUUGAAAGUGCACAUGAGAAUGCACACUGGAGAAAAGCCUUUUACCUGUUCAAUCUGUGGUAAAGGUUUUGUACGGAGUCAGUAUUUGAAAGAACACAUGAGGACACACACGGGAGAGAAAGUGUUUAGUUGUAAUGUGUGUCAUGAAAGAUUCUCCAAUAAGUACCAGUGUAAGAAACACAAGUGUGCUGGUGACAACAGCAGCAGCAAAUGAGUAAAACAGUUAUAUAUAUAUAUAUAUAGAGAGAGAGAGAGUUAGUAUGUUAACUUUGACUUUCUAACAUCAGCACAUCAGCUCAUAUAAUGUCUUGUUACUACGGUUCGAGCAUUUAUAGAUGAGCUAAUGUUUUGUCAGUCAUGUACAUGCAUUAAUAUGCAACAUUGUGUCUUUCUGGAAAAAAGAAAGGGAGACAUUUGACUGAAAAUACAAGUAAAUAAUACAACACAUGGUACAUACAAUGAACAUUUUAUGUGUCUAAAGAUAUCAAUAUUUCUGUUUUAUACUUAAAAUAGUUUUAUAUAGGUUAGUUUUAUAUAAUGAUCAAGUGUUACAUAUUGUUUCUAAUUGUAAAAGAUUGUAUAGAUUAACUCCCGUAUAUGAUAUACAUAUUAGUUUGAAAUGUUUUAUACUUUUGCUUUUGAGUACUGAUGGAGAUAGAUUUUCUCUCAUUCAAGGGUGCUACUGGAAAAUAUUCCAAAUAUUGUAACAUCAAAUAGAAACCCUAUAGAACAGGUCUUAAAUUACAAGUACUUGGGUUUUACUCUUGAUCAGGAGCUUUCAUUUAAAGCCAAUAUUAACAACUUGGUCUCUAAGCUUAGGGUAAAGCUUGGUUUCCUUUUUAGAAAUAAAAACUGCUUCUCUCUUAAAGUCAGAAAGAAAUUGGUGACAGCGACUAUUUUGCCUGUAAUUGAUUAUGGAGACGUGCUUUAUUUUAGUGCUUCAUCUAAAUGCCUGCAGUCCUUGGACACUGUUUUUCACUCAGCACUAAGAUUUGUUACUGGGUGUGGUAGUCUCAGCCACCACUGUCCAUCAACUGUAAAUGAAGUCAGACUUAUCUUCAUUGAGUGCAGGCAGAUACACACAUUGGCUGACUGUCAUUUAUAAAGCUCUUUUAGGUUUAAUACCUCCAUACUUGUGCACUUUGUUACAAAAAAAAACAGCUCUUAUGCGUUACGUUCUAACAAUUUGUAUGUUUUAACUAUUCCCCAUGUAUGAACUGAAUUUGGCAAAAGAGCUUUUGGUGUUGCCCCUAUGGCAUGGAAUGCAUUGCAGACAAAAUCUAAACUUACUGAACUAAUUCCAUUUGGAGCCUUCCGUUCUGUCCUGAGGGACAGAGCGCAAGAGACUUUUGCUGAGUGCCUGUGUUUUUAAAAGGUGUAAAUCUUUAUUGUUUUACAGUUCUCUUUUAUGUAUUUUAAAAUGUAUGCCUUAAUGUAUUACUAUUUUGAAACUGCUCUGUGACAUGUGCUGUUGACCUCUUGGCCAGGUCACCCUUGUGAAAGAGAUCUUGAUCUCAAUGGGUUUCUUAUCUGGUUAAAUAAAGGUUCUACUAUAGAUAUCCGAAAGGUUGUUAUAUCUAGAUUGGUUUCCAAAAGCUUUGAUUAUAAAUGAAUCCCAGGCAGAGUUUCUCAUUUUGCAAUUUUAUUACCAAAGCUCUGGGGGACCAAUCUAGAUACAACAACCUUUCAAUCGCAUUGCUCAAAUUGAUCUGACUCUACUAUGGAAGUUUUCCCCUCCUACUCCCUCUCACCCGCCCCCCUUCUUCUCCUCUCCCCUUCCUCCUAACCUGGUACAGUUGAGAUAAAAAAGGGUGUUAUGACUUCUCGCUAUAUUCCAACUUUCAAGGCCUAUGCAUGGCUCAUACUUAGCUAUUCUAAAAUAUGACUAGGAUUUAAAAAUAUAUCUUUCUCCAUCAGUAGACACAUUCCUAUUAAUUCAUAUGUUCACAUCUUCUGGACCACUUCAAGAAGCCUAUUAUUGACUUUGUUUUAUACAAGAUCAUUUACAUUUUAAAUGUGUGACUUUAUGAAUCAUUUGUUUGGUCUUAAUAAUCCAUUCUGUCAAUGAUCUGUAUUACUGUAUUUUAUUAUGAAUAUUGUUUUACAUGCAUGUCCCCAGGCCUUUAUGCAAUAAGCAAUGUAUACGUCAACAAAAGUUGGGUACAAUAAAUGUAAUAUUUGUUGUGA